GCCUGAGUUACCAAAGAUCACAGUUGAGAAUCUAUCACUAUACAUAGAAUAUCAUAAUCGUAUCCUUAAUAUUCAACCUUAACCUUGAACUUUCUUGGAUAAAAUGCCCGAAACACGACCUUUCGACCCAUUCCAUUCGGAGCGUCUUAUAUACCGCGCUGUUAAUGACGAGCCGGCAGAUAUAGCCUUUAUCCACUCAAUUCAGCGGGACGCAGAGGCUCAGUCCGGCUCCAGCUACUCGCUUUUGAAGCCCGAAAGCAUAAAGGCGAGUACCGAAUUUAAGAGUCAUAUCGAAAAAUGUCUCCUCGGUGCUCUUAUCUGCUUACCGGCCACACGUCUCGCUGAGAAGGACAAGGAAACUCUACCUAUCGGUAUCGUUUGUCUCAAAGCCAGCCCACCAAGUCAUGCACAUCAUAGAAGUUCGGAUAUCAGUAUUGAUAUCGCGAAAGAGUACCGUGGGCAGGGAUACGGUGGCGAGGCUAUUCGAUGGGCGCUGUGGUAUGGAUUCCAGAUGGCGGGCUUGCAUCGCAUCUCGAUCGGGACAUUCUCGUUUAAUACGGGUGCUAUGAGGUUAUAUGAAAGACUAGGCUUUGUAAACGAAGGCAGACAUCGUGAAAGCAUGUGGUUUAAUGGCGGUUGGCAUGAUCAUGUUGUGUAUAGCAUGUUGGAGGACGAGUGGCUGGAGGAUCAAAGGAAAGCCGGCAAAGAAGUGUAAAAAGAUAUUAAUAGUCAAGUAUCAUGGCAAAGUCGAUAUCGUAAUUAAUAGCAUCUAACACGAACCCCACGAUAAUCUAGCAGUCCCAUAGCCCUAUGCUAG